AUGGAGUCCUCUUUUCUGCAGGCAGUGCUGACGAGCAUUUUCCUUUUUGGUACUCUGAGCCUUACGAGCUGUCGUGGCAACGUCCAGAUUGUGAUCUUUGUUUGCAUGCUCCUUUUCCUGAUAGUUGUAUUCCUAUGGCUGGUGGAGCUUUUCCGAGCUCUGAGCUACUACAUCGUAGGGUACCUCUCGCAGGAUUGGUUCUACAGUACCUACGACCCCGAUGUCGGUCACAAGAUAGUGCCUUCUGGGCGUCUUUUGGAAGCUUACAGUACUGCCUUACAGUUCCACAUGGGCUCCUUCUGCUAUGCAGCCAUUGUCAACGUGGGUGUCAAACCCAUUCGCUUUGUGCUUGGACUGAUCACACCGAUCACGAGACGCUUUGGGUCCUCCAGGUCAGGAAGCGUGGAAAGAACGAUAGCACCAUACAGUGACUCUGCAAUUCUUGCCAUUGUACUAGAUGGUCCUGGAUAUUUGGAUGCAUGCAAUGAAGCAAAUCAAAUCCUAGCAGGUGAAGAUUCCAAUCGGCCAGACAGCAUCCUGCUGGGAAUGCGGAUCGUUUGUGCCUGUGCCACUUCGGCCUGCGUGACGUUGGCGGUUUGGCUUGGCAUCCAUUUUAUGCUCAGAGAUCUAGAAGGCCCAGAGAUUGUCCUGGCGGCAUUUCUCAUGGCUCAACUAUGUUCUUGGUCUUUUGUGGAAUGCCUGGGCCACACAGCAGAGGCUCUACUCUUUACCUAUCGGGCAGGCCGUGAUGGCUAUUUGGGAAUUGCCGUGAUGGUAGGUGAGAGGACCGGGCUCUUUGAGAUGCCGGAGUGCGUUGGAGGUCAGGUGGGGCUCGCCCAGCCGCCAAAGCUUUCGCAGCUGCUGCCUGCCUUAAACUGA